AUGAGGCUCUUCCACAUCCUGCUGCUGCCUCUCUGCCUGCUCUUGGCCCAGGUGGGCCCAGGUGCCGGCCUCAUCACGAGUCUGUUUUACAGGACUCCAGAAUACAAAUGCGCCAAAAGUGGGGGGACAUGCAACUUCUCCCCAUGCCCUCUCUACACCAAGCAUAUGGGCUACUGCUACAGUGGAAAGGCCAAGUGCUGCAUCUGA